GUUGCUUCGGCUGGUUAGCCAACACACUGUAGGCGCACACAUAUGAGGUGUCAUUGUAACUGGCAGUCUGACAACACAUGGAAGAUCGAGUGAACAUGCGGAGAUGCGACUGCGUCUAAAAAAAAGCUGAAGAUGGACAAGUCUUUUGACCCUAAACACCAGAGGAGACAGAGAAAGGAGCAGGCUGAGCCACACACAGCCUCAUCACCAACCCUGAUGUUACCAAAUGCUUAUGUUUCUGACCAGAUUUCAAGAGGAUCCUUGCUAAGGAACCGGUCAGGUCUGAGCCCAAACCAAGCAAGAAGAAGUGGAGAUGUACCAAGGAGUUAUGGCUACAGCAACAGCCGUCGUGUUAGAGAGACCAGUGAUGAUUUUCUACAGAGAGACAGAUCUGUACAGGAUCCACAAGCAAAGGCAUCAAAAAGCAACAAUGACUCUUCUGCUCAAAGUGGAAACAUGGGCAAGAUCACAAUGGAUCCACAGAGGAGAGGUUUUAGAGGUGCCAGAUCUGCCCCAAACUCUGCAGGGAGGUCAAAACAAGUACAGACCGACUUGGUCCCGUUUGAGGUGAAGAUGGCCGACUUCCCAGAGUUGGCUGGUGUUUCGCUGGGUAAAGCAGGCGCUUCUCUUGUUCAGAAAGAGUGCUGGGGUCCAGCUCCUCCAUCCACGAGCCCUCAAACGCAAACGUCGUCAUCUGCCUGGAAGGUUGGCAGGAGAGGAUCGCCAGCACAGCCCGAUCCCCAACCAAGUGCCAUUAACGCUAAGCCAGACUCCCCUGUCAUCCCACCAGGUCAGCUGGUGGUGACAUCAUGGGCUAACGUCGCCUCUCAGCCUCCAAAAAAACUCGUCCCUAAAGAGAAUACAAUCAGCAGCAACCCUAUGCAGACGGACGAAAUGGCUGCACAGCAGGAAGAGGGCACCCCAGGGAAGAAAAAACGGAAGAAAAAGAAGAAGAAGGCUAAAGGUGCCGGCGAAGAUGCAGAAGCGGAGUCAGAACAAUCAAUAAUUUAUCAGGAGCCUCCAAAAUUUGAGGAUGAAGAGGAGUUUCCAGGCUUGACUCCUGCUUUUACUGGAACUGAUAGAUUGAUAAGCUACAGCAAUGCAGCAAAGCUAUGCAAUGAGGAAACCCAAAGAGAAGGAGGUCAGCAUCAGUCUGCUGACCAGAACAAGGAAAAAUCAUCUGCAGCAAAAGCUCUGCCCACAGAGACAAAUAAAAAAGGACAGAAAGCUGAAAAGAUUUCUGGUGGGAAGAAGAGCAAAGUUCCUGUUCAGCUGGACAUCGGAAAUAUGUUGGCCGCUCUGGAAAAGAAGCAGCAAUCUCAAAAAGCCAAGCAAGACGCCAAACCAGUCAUUCUCUCAGUUGGAGGAGGACUACCUGUUGUCCAGAAGCAGCCGUCAGUGCAGAAGAAGCUGCCCUGGCAGCACGAUAAAAUUGCACACAACCCCCUGGACUCCACCAGCCCUUUGGUGAAAAAAGGAAAGCAGAGAGAGGUCCCCAAAGCCAAGAAACCCACUCCUCUUAAGAAGGUCAUUUUGAAAGAAAGGGAGGAGAGGAAACAGAGACGUUUGCUGGAGGAGAGAGGUCUGCUGCCUGAAGAUGAGUUCAAACCUGUUAAUGAUCCUGCAGACGAAGAGCAGUGUGAUACAAAUGCCACAGAUGAGGUUGGGAGUCCUACAGAGGAACUUGAUGAUCAGUCUGAGUUUAAUGCUGCAAACCACACACUGAAAGAGGGUGACGAGGAGGCCACCAAAGACGAGACAAUAGAGCAACACACCACCUCACCUGUGCCCUGCUCAGUCAGUCAACCCAAAAUCCACAGCAGGAAGUUCAGAGACUACUGCAGCCAGAUGCUGAGCAGAGACGUGGAUGAGUGUGUGACGACUCUGCUAAAGGAGCUGGUUCGUUUCCAGGACCGCCUGUACCAGAAGGACCCCAUGAAGGCCCGCAUGAAGAGACGAAUCGUGAUGGGGCUCAGAGAAGUCCUGAAGCACCUCAAACUCAGGAAAGUCAAGUGUGUCAUCAUCUCACCUAACUGUGAACGGAUCCAAUCCAAAGGUGGCCUGGAUGAGGCUCUCCACACCAUCAUCGACACAUGUCGUGAACAGGGGGUGCCAUUCGUAUUUGCACUCUCUAGGAAAGCUUUGGGCCGCUGCCUCAACAAGGCAGUGCCUGUCAGUCUUGUGGGCAUCUUCAACUAUGACGGUGCACAGGACUACUACCAUAAGAUGAUUGAGUUGUCGUCGGAGGCCAGGAGAGCCUAUGAGGUGAUGGUGUCGAGCCUGGAGCAGACGGGCCAGACAGAGGCAGAGCAGGCAGUGAACAUGGAGGAAGAGCUGCAGAUCAGCAGCCUGGCAGAGGAGGCUGUGCCCAGUCCUGACACCACACAGCCAGAAGAACCAGAAUACAUAAAAAUUUGGAAGAAAAUGUUGGAGAAGGAGUACAACCAUAAGUUUUUGAACUUUGAGGAGCAGCUGAGCUCCAUACACUUGGACAGUGAAUGUACUGAUAACACUGAUGAAGAUGUGAAGAGUUGACAGUGGUAAAGCACUCCGUGCCUAAAAUAUGGACCCACUCAUGCUUCAUCACCAGCAUAGGAGAAACUAGGAUGGACUAAGCAGCACGAAGUGUUCUGCUGCAGUGGUUCUGAACCUGGGGAUUUUGUCAGGAAAUUCAUCAUGUUGCCAGUAUCUGCAGUGAAUUCUGAUUUUCUUUAAGUAAUAUUUUUGUGUUUGAGUUCAAGAUAAAUGGGCAAAGCUGUGUAUAUUAAGAGUGCGUGUGUGUGGGUGUGGAGGAGGCUAUAAACUGGAGAGGUUAACCACUGACUUACUAGGACCAAAGUUGUCACUUGAAGAGAUCCCACAAUAUGAAUUUUCAGCUAUGUUGUCAGUGAACAUACCUUGAGGAUGUAUAGGGGUUUAUGCACUGAAUGUGUGCAAAAUAUCAAUCAGUUGUUAAAGAAUCAGUGGUAAUUUGGUUUUAGACUUCAGCUCGACGGCUACUGUUACAUUAUUUGGUUCUCUUAUUAAUUAAUUAACUUCACUUCAACAGGAAUACAAAUAGCAGGAAAUGAGAUGAUAGAGGAGGAAUGACGUGCAACAAAAAUCUGUAGCCAGGCUCAGGUCAGCAGUUGAAAUCAGGGCUGAAAUCAGGGCCAGUUAGAUGAUGAGCUUGUGAAAUUUUGGUUGUCCAUCACCCUUUGUAAAACUUUAGGAAAAAUAGACUGCAUAAGAUUUCUGAAUGUAGAAAAGAUUUGUGGUUGUCGAAAAUUUUGAGAAACUCAGUGCUCAAAGUUCCCACACUGCAUGACACUGAGGUCACACAUGGACACAAACCCUGCUUUUUCGUACAUCUGACUUAAAUGUGUGUUUCAAUUCCAAUUACAUGGGGUAUAUACUAUAUGUUAUCCUUAUUGCAUGUUGUUUUUUUCUAUUGGUAUACAAGAAAACUAAAUACUAAUAUUAACAAGAAAUUAUACAAUACUUAGCUGUUGGACGACAGUCAAAUCGAGACUUUAAAAAUGCAGCUGUUUAAGUUUUUGGUACACAUUUUGUGUUCUUGUGUACUCUCACACAGUGUGGGAACUUGUUGACCCUUUUUUGAGGCCACAGUCAUAAACCCCCAGGCCACAAUGACAACCUAGUUUCAGUUAAAAGCUAGAAAUGUAGCUAUGUUCUUAUUUUGCAUAAGAAUUUUUUUUUUUUUACAUGAUGUCAGAAAUUUUUUUUUUUUUUUUAAAUCCUGAUUGCACUACAUAGUAGAGCCUCUGUUUUUGAUAGCACAGGUACUACGCACUAAAUGUAGGACUGCCUAUGAUUAGGUUCUUUUUAACAGGAAAAACACCUAAAUAAUAAGGAACAUUGCCUGUUGUUAAUUUGACUCAGUUGAAAUCAUGUUUAGUAAGUCUUCUGUUGUCCCACAUGUGGAGGAAAAGUAAAAAAUAAAAUAGCAAAAUGAUUUGAAUAAAAGGACAAAUGACGGUAAUAUAAAGUGCUGGGUGACAAUCACGUCAAAAGAAGCAAUAAAUUAAAUAAUUUGAAAGUCAGAAUUAGAAGGUGUAUAUGAUUAUGACCUAUGAAGACUUAAAAAUUGCAGAUAUCAUUUUGAAUAUAAACAUUUCAGUUGUGGAAAGGUGUCUGGUGUGGUAAAAAAAAAUGUGUUAAGUGCAGAGAAAAGACCUUUGUGAAUAUUGUUAUUGGGAGUUUGUAUGUUUGUAUUGGAUUGGAUUCAUGCAAGGUAGAGAUGGCCAAAUGCCAAAGUCUUGCUUAAGUCUUGGUACAGUUCUAUCAAGUAGAACUUGGUAGUUCCAUACCAACAUGAUGUUGUAGCGAAAGUUAUAUUUUGUGAUUCAUCUCUUUUAUAAAUCAUUGAAUAUAAACUCUGUAUGUAAGAUGGAGCAUAGACAAAUUUCCAAGGAGAAUGGAGAAUUAAAAAUAUAAUUUUUAUAUUAAUAGUCAGAUGGUUCUUUUUUAUAACGCAUUAAACAGGAAAUAGCAAUUUUAGCAGAGGUGGGGUUGAUUUAUUGUCUUCUCCAAAGUAAAUAUCAAUGUAAAUUGUUAUUUGCAUAAAGAAGACAAAUGCAGUUUUUACUUUGAGUGAGUGGGUAACGAAUAUACAAAAGGAAUAGUAGUGGACCACGUACACUUCCCUGAGGAACCCCUAAUAUAACAGACAGAGGUUAGAUAACUAAAGCUAAGCACCUGGGAAUUGUUGAAUAAAUGUAAAAAGAAAAUUGGGGAAAUUUCGA